CCUGUCUCGUCAUCUCUGUUCUUCAAUGAUUUACGUGUCGGUCUGAUUAAUUAAACAAACAACAAAUUCCUCUUAAUUAUAUGCCUCCUCACCACAAAAUCAGAUCCUCAAUCUAGGGAAAAGGCACCUCAAAUGGUAUCUCAUGGACAUCUGGAGGUUAACUGGCAGGAUCAUAUUUAGUCGGUACAGUGACUGCUCUUCAUGGGUAUCACGAGAUUGAUUUAGCUGCAAAUCUUCUAGUCUUUGCGAGAGCAGAAGAUAAUUGUAUUUUUAGUGUUCUUGGUUAUGGGUAUGAGUAGAGACAGAUACACAGACAGGGUGGAGACAAACACAAGGACCCCAUAGUCUUAGCUUCCGCCACCUGCUCCUCUGGAAUCUGUUAACAAGGUGACUAAGUUUUGAGGAAAGUUAUGCUUAGCUCAUAUACGGUGGGCACUGGGCUAUGUUGAAAUUUGGGGAAUUGCAGAUCAGAUUUAACCCAAUGAGAUUGAGUUGAGGGUGUGUCAAUCUCUGUGCCCAAAUUAGUGUCGGUGGUGUGUGGAAGAACUUGGAAGGAAAAAGCAUCUGAAAAACUGAUUCAAUGGCGGAGAAUCUGAGGCAAAUCAACUCUAUCGGUAUCAAGACUUGCAGCACCGGAUUGCCACUGAAAAACAAGGACUUCUUGCUGAUAAAUUCCUCGAAAAUCCCAGUAAAAACUAGUGUUUUGGAUGGGAAAUUGCUAGGUAUUCUGAUUGGGCCUCACUGGCUGAUUAUUCCUUUGCAGCAUGCUCUGUCCGUGCUUUGCCAGUCAAAUGAGGAGCUCAGGAAGGCAGGCAAAGAAGUCGUGUUUGUGUAUGUGGCGGCUGACAGAGACGAGGAAGUAAUUAAAAUUCUGAAAAGGUAUGGGCAGGAAAACCAGAUUGAUGGAACGUCUGAUAUGGAGUGCUUUGAAAGGGUGUUGGGUAUUUUGCCCAAGGAUUGGCUUGUUGUUCCCUUUGAGCGCUCAGAUGUACGGGCAGAGCUCAUUAAUAGCUACAGAUCUGGGAUUUUCAGUUUGGCCUUUGUGGGCUCAGAUGGCAAGCUGCAUACUAAGGAUGGUUUAAAAAUGCUGGAAAAGUGGGGCGUGGAUGCUUAUCCUUUUACGGAAGAAAGGAUUCAAGAACUUCUGCGGGAAGCUGUGGACUUGGCUUCCAAUCAGUCCAUCAAAUCUCUCUUGACAACAGAAACUAGAGAUUCUCUCAUAACGCCAGAUGGAACAGAGGUCAAAGUGGCAGAGCUAGAAGGAAAGAUAGUUGGAUUAUACUUUGCAGCCCACUGGUAUCAUCAGUGCGUGACUUUCACUCCUGUUCUGGCUGACAUUUACAAGCAACUGAAGGAGCGAGGAGCAGAAUUUGAAAUUGUAUUCAUUUCCUCUGACGAGGACCGAGUUUCUUUUGAGGAAUAUCAUAGGACGAUGCCUUGGCUUGCUGUUCCUUACUCAGAUUUGAAGACAAAAAAACUGCUGAAUAAGACAUUUGAAAUAGAGGCUAUUCCACGUCUUAUAAUUCUGGACGUUCAAGGUAAAACCAUGCAGACAGAAACUGUAGAACUUAUUUAUAAAUAUGGAGUUCAGGCUUUUCCCUUUACACCAGAGAGAUUGGCAGAACUGGAACUUGAGGAGCGAGCCAAACGUGCCUCACAGACUUUAGAGAAACUUCUUUUGAACAAUAAGAGAAACUAUGUUAUUGCACCUCAAGGAAAACAGGUAAGCAUCUCUUCAUUGAUAGGGAAAACUGUAGGACUGUAUUUCUCAGCUCAAUGGUGUUUUCCUUGUCAGAAAUUCACACCAAGAUUGAUAUCUGUCUAUAAUAAUUUAAAAGAAACCCUCAAGGAUGGUGAGGGUUUUGAGAUUAUAUUCGUUUCAAGUGACACGGAUGAAGCAACAUUCCAAUCAUAUUAUGAAACCAUGCCAUGGCUUGCAUUGCCUUAUGAUGAUGACAAAAAUAAAGAGCUUUCACGAUAUUUCGACAUCUGUAGUAUUCCAUCUCUUGUGAUAGUCGGUCCUGAUGGUAAAACUGUAACAAGUGAGGGGAGGAAGUUGAUUAACUUGCAUCGUGAAAGAGCUUACCCUUUUACAGAAGCUCAUUUGGCAGAAAUUCAGAAGGAAAUAGAUGAAAAAGCCAAGAGUUUCCCAAAAACCUUUCAGCAUGCUGGGCAUGGCCAUAUAUUGCAACUUGUCUCUGCUAACUCUGGGGGAGGGCCUUACAUCUGCUGUGAGUGUGAUGAACAGGGCUCUGGAUGGGCGUAUCAGUGUAUUCAGUGUGGUUAUGAAGUCCAUCCCAAGUGUAUGCAGGAUUUCGAGAAAGAAACUGAAGGAGGUCAAAAACUUGAUAAUAAUGUUCAAACUAACUAAGCUUAUGCUAAUUGUGUCAAAAAUAGUUCAGCAAUCCAGACAAAAGAGCUUUCUCUCAAUUUGAUGGUGAUAAUGAAUUCUUCUGUCUUCUAGCCAUGUUGACUAAGGGCGCGGUGGAACUGGAAGGUCAUCGAGUGACCAUUGUCAAACUCAAACUAGUCUGAAGAAGAAGAAAAAAAGAAAGAAGGGUUAAUAAUUUCUUUAGCUUUUGGAAGCUUUUUCUUUUCAAUUUGAUGGACUGUGGAAACCUCAAGCAAUCUUACAUAUUUAGAAUUGUAAUGGUGAAAUUUGUAUCUCAAUUUAGUUUUGUUACAGUUUUGGUGGAA